AUGAGAGCCUCCAACACGUUAUCAAUAAUCAGACCAGUCACUGGGUCCCUCUCAGGGAAGGUAAAUCUUCCCUGCUUCUUCUCCACCAUCCCGACCUCAGCACCUGUCAUCAGUCCCAAUGGAACAGCCAUGUAUAGCAGAGAUUACUUGCGGAUCAAAUGGACCAAAAUAGAGGGAAACGUAGAAUCCACAGUGCUGGUGGCACAAAAUGGGGUCAUCAAGAUAGGUUCCAGCUACAGGAACCGUGUGUCAGUGCCCAGUCACCCUGAGGAUGUCGGUGACGCCUCACUGACGAUGGUCAAGCUGCGUGCCAGUGAUGCGGGCACGUAUCGCUGUGAGGUUAUGUAUGGCAUUGAAGACACCCAGGAUACAGUUAACCUUAAUGUCAACGGUGUUGUCUUUCACUACCGGGCAAGCACCAACAGGUACACACUGGACUACCAGAACGCUGUCAGAACCUGCCAAAAUAUUGGAGCAACCAUUGCUACAUACGACCAACUGAAAGCAGCCUAUGAGGAUGGCUUUGACCAAUGUGAUGCCGGCUGGAUUGCUGACCAGACAGUGAGGUACCCAAUUACAAAGCCAAGGAAUGGCUGCUAUGGCAACCUACAGACUAAACCUGGCAUUAGGUCAUAUGGAACCAGGAAACCAACGGAGACCUAUGAUGUAUACUGUUACGUAGAUAAACUUAAUGGUGAAGUGUACUAUGCUCCUGUGACCCGUAAGAUGACUCUUGAGGAGGCCCGUGAAGAGUGCCAGAAGAUGAAUGCUGUUUUGGCAACCCCUGGCCAGCUCCAUGCUGCCUGGCGACAAGGCCUGGACAGAUGCGACUAUGGCUGGCUCUCCGAUGGCAGUGUACGACAUCCUGUUGCAGUACCCAAAUUGCAGUGUGGGGGAGGUCUUCUCGGCGUCAGGACCAUGUAUCGCUACAGGAACCAGACUGGCUUCCCAGAACCAACUAAGAAGCUUGGGGCUUACUGUUUUAAAGGAAGGAGAGAGGUGAUCAACCAGACUUCCUUCGUGGAUGUGUCUGUGAUAGGAACCACCACCGUCCCUUUACUGGAGAGUAGCACGACUACGCUUAGCCCAACAUUGGAAAGUGUAUCAGAGGCAGCUGAAUCUCCAGACUCUCUUGUCCCUUCGAAUGCCCCAUCUAUGUUCUCUACCAGUAUGGCUCCACCUCGCUCCCCUCCAGCAGGCCAAGAAGAAGAGUUAAUCACCACAGUCGCACCCACCAUCAAAGAUGAAGAGGAGGAAACUGAUGACAUAACAGCAGCACCAGAAUCAGAACCCCAACACACAACAGAAAGUACUGAUACCACAGAAUCAGUGUCUGAGUCCGUCGAGGAACCAGACGAUCACUCAGUGAUUGAGAUCAGCACGAUCCAACCUGAUGUCCCCAUACCAGAGGCCUCUCUCAACACAGAGGCCAUGUUUGCUGAGGGAAAGACUGAGGAAACCAUUCUUGAUGCUGACAUCACCGCAACGAUGACCUCUGACCUCACCGACACUCCAACAGAAUCAACCGAUUGGUCGACACCCUCACCCACUGGGCUUCAUUCAACAACACCAUUCCCAGAUUAUUUUUUUAACGUGGAUGAGAUGGAGACUUCUUUUGCUGUAGAGGGACCUCCUCCUACUCAGCCACCCCAACAGGACUCCACAUCCAGCCCAUUAGACAGCACUAGUAUUAUUGAUGGAACAACAGUCGUUCCCAUGGAUACCACCUUUAUGUUUAACACCCAACCCGGCAAAGAGGUGAGCCACCAGACAGGACGACCAGAGACAACACAAACCACACCGCAAACGCAGGAUGCAGAAACACCAGCCGUCGUCUCCAUGGAAAAGACCACACCCGCACCUGCGACGUCCGCCGGCAUCCCGAUCGACAGUGGAACCUCAACGGAAGAUGUGACAUCAUUAAUGAGUGUUUUUGAUGAGUCCACCACUCGGAUGCCGGAGCACAGCGGUGACACCCAGACAGAGGAGAACGCAGCGCCAGAUGUUGACAGAGAGUUUUUUACAUCCGCUCCCAUGGCUUCAGCUGUGGCCGACACGACCACCACUCCAGGCACAGCGGCCGCUGCUGAGUCCAUCCAAGUGACCACUGUCAUGCAGAUGCAGAAUGUGUCAGUUGACCAGGUUCUGCAGCCACAAGAUUCUCAGUCUCCUGCCAUACCAGUUGUGCCUGACCAUCCCACCCCUUCCAUAGCCGAUGGUGAGCCCAUCCAGCAGAGUGAGGACCCAGACCUUUUCCCUCAAGCUGCUGAACCAGCAGUUGGUGACAUCACUGACAGCACACAACCCACUUACCGCGCUGAGAAAACAACAACGUUGUAUGAAGGGACACAAAAACCAGCAGCUUCAUCACAACCGAGCACAGCUGCUACUGCUGGUGUGGCAGAGACAAUCUCAUUAAAAACCUCUACAGAUGGAGAAAGCUCAGAUGAAGAGAGCUCAGGAGAACAGACGACUGUGAUGUCUGGCAAAGACACUGCAGCUCCUACAGGUUCAUCGUUGUUUAGCACUGAGAAACCAACAGUACUGCCAGUUGUGGAACUAGACAGCACCGUCACAGAUCAGACAGAAAGGCCCUCAGUUUCUCCUGUUACUGAUGCGACAGAAAAAUCUUCUGCCUCCACUCCAGGAGAUGAAGAAAGCUCAGGCUCCCAAACCCCAGACAUGUUCUCUUCAACCUCCUCUGUCACAGCUACAGCUUCAUCAUUAUUCAGCACUGAGGCACCAAUAGCAGCUCCUACUGUAUCCUCAUUGUUUAGCACUGAGAAGCCAUCAGCACUGCCAGUUGAGGAACAGGACAGUGCUGUCACAGAUCAGACUGAAAAAUCUUCUGUCAUCACUCCAGUGGAUGAAGAAGGCUCAGGUUCCCAAACCCCAGACAUGUUCUCUUCAACCUCCUCUGUCACUGCUACAGCUUCAUCAUUAUUCAGCACUGAGUCACCAACAGCAAUGUCUCCUGGAACAGCAAAAGGUCUUGAAACAGAUGAAACAAAAAUGCCAUCACUUAGAGUAGAACCAUCAGUUUCCUCUAUCUCUGAUGAGACACUAACAAGCUCAAUAACAGUGAUUCCAAGUUUGGCUUCUGUUGUAUCAUCUACUCUAUCAGACACUGAUGAAGAAGAUAUUAGCAGUGAGACUACAAUGGUGGAGUCCACUCCAUCAAUCAGUGGAUCAACUGCUAAACCUGAAACAUCAUCUUUCUUCAUCACCAAAGAUACAGGGGGUUCUGGAAACAUCAUCACUGAGUUCACUGAAGAGUCCGUUUUUACUACAACUACUUUGUCGCCAUCAGUCACAGCAUCACAGGAAUCUGAAAUAAGUGACACUUCAAUAACUGGUAUUACUGCAGCUUCAUCUCUCUACAGUACUGAGAAACCAACAUCAGUGGCACCUGAAACACCAGAGACUGUUACCACAAGUCAGACAAAGGAAGAUUCAGUAACAUCAGAGGAAAGUUCUGCUUUCCCAACCACAGAUGAAGAGAGCUCAGGAGAACAGACAACUGUGAUGUCCAGCAAAGACACUGCAGCUCCUACAGGUUCAUCAUUGUUUAGUACUGAGAAACCGACAGCACUGCCAGUUGUGGAACUAGACAGCACCGUCACAGAUCAGACAGAAAAAUCUUCUGCCUCCACUCCAGGAGAUGAAGAAGGCUCAGGUUCCCAAACCCCAGACAUGUUCUCUUCAACCUCCUCUGUCACAGCUACAGCUUCAUCAUUAUUCAGCACUGAGGCACCAACAGCAAUGUCUCCUGGAACAGCAAAAGGUCUUGAAACAGAUGAAACAAAAAUGCCAUCACUUAGAGUAGAACCAUCAGUUUCCUCAAUCUAUGAUGAGACACUAACAAGCUCAAUAACAGUGAUUCCAAGUUUGGCUUCUGUUGUAUCAUCUACUCUAUCAGACGCUGAUGAAGAAGAUAUUAGCAGUGAGACUACAAUGGUGGAGUCCACUCCAUCAAUCAGUGGAUCAACUGCUAAACCUGAAACAUCAUCUUUCUUCAUCACCACAGAUACAGAGGGUUCUGGAAACAUCAUCACUGAGUUCACUGAAGAGUCCGUUUUUACUACAACUACUUUGUCUUCAAGGUUGAGCAAAGAGUCGACAUCAGUCACAGCAUCACAGGAAUCUGAAAUAAGUGAUACUUCAACAAUUGGUGUUACUGCAGCUUCAUCCCUCUACAGUACUGAGAAACCAACAUCAGUGUCACCUGAAACACCAGAGACUGUUACCACAAGUCAGACAAAGGAAGAUUCAGUAACACCAGAGGAAAGUUCUGCUUUCCCAACCACAGAUGAAGAGAGCUCAGGAGAACAGACGACUGUGAUGUCCAGCAAAGACACUGCAGCUCCUACAGGUUCAUCGUUGUUUAGCACUGAGAAACCAACAGCACUGCCAGGUGAGGAACAAGACAGCACCGUCACAGAUCAGACAGAAAGGCCCUCAGUUUCUCCUGUUACUGAUGAGACAGAAAAAUCUUCUACCUCCACUCCAGGAGAUGAAGAAGGCUCAGGCUCCCAAACCCCAGACAUGUUCUCUUCAACCUCCUCUGUCACAGCUACAGCUUCAUCAUUAUUCAGCACUGAGGCACCAAUAGCAGCUCCUACUGUAUCCUCAUUGUUUAGCACUGAGAAGCCAACAGCACUGCCAGUUGUGGAACUAGACAGUACUGUCACAGAUCAGACUGAAAAAUCUUCUGCCUCCACUCCAGGAGAUGAAGAAGGCUCAGGCUCCCAAACCCCAGACAUGUUCUCUUCAACCUCCUCUGUCACUGCUACAGCUUCAUCAUUAUUCAGCACUGAGGCACCAAUAGCAGCUCCUACUGUAUCCUCAUUGUUUAGCACUGAGAAGCCAACAGCACUGCCAGUUGUGGAACCUGACAGCACCGUCACAGAUCAGACAGAAAAAUCUUCUGCCUCCACUCCAGGAGAUGAAGAAGGCUCAGGUUCCCAAACCCCAGACAUGUUCACUUCAACAUCCUCUGUCACAGCUACAGCUUCAUCAUUAUUCAGCACUGAGGCACCAACAGCAAUGUCUCCUGGAACACCAAAAGGUCUUGAAACAGAUGAAACAAAAAUGCCAUCAAUUAGAGUAGAACCAUCAGUUUCCUCUAUCUCUGAUGAGACACUAACAAGCUCAAUAACAGUGAUUCCAAGUUUGGCUUCUGUUGUAUCAUCUACUCUAUCAGACACUGAUGAAGAAGAUAUUAGCAGUGAGACUACAAUGGUGGAGUCCACUCCAUCAAUCAGUGGAUCAACUGCUAAACCUGAAACAUCAUCUUUCUUCAUCACCACAGAUACAGAGGGUUCUGGAAACAUCAUCACUGAGUUCACUGAAGAGUCAGUUUUUACUACAACUACUUUGUCGUCAUCAGUCACAGCAUCACAGGAAUCUGAAAAAAGUGACACUUCAGCAACUGGUAUUACUGCAGCUUCAUCCCUCUACAGCACAAGUCAGACAAUGGAAGCAUCAGUAACACCUGAGCAGUCAACAUCAGACAUUACAAUUACACGGCAACCUCCAAAGCAAUUAAGCACAGAAAUAACAUCAGCCAUCCCAAUAAUUGAUGAAUUUGAGACUAGUUCUGCAAUUACUAUUACAGAAGACGACAUCUCAACAAGCCAAACAACUGAAAUUUUUACAGAGGAAACAUCUGCCCUCUCUUUGUUGUCAUCUACAGACCAAAUAGUGGAACCAAGCAACCACUCACCUAUAGUGAUUGACAGCUCGCACGAAACAGCUGCUACAUCUCCAAGCUCCACAAGGCCAUCCAUUCCUAUCAUAGAUGAAACUGAAUUUAUUCAUCAAACCCCUGAUUUUACCGACAAAGUUGCAGGUCAAACAUCCCCCACCGUCUCUUCAGUGUUCAGCACAGAAAAACCAACAGUAACAACAGCAUCACUUGCAACUGGAACAAGCUCAUUAUCUACUGUUAUUACACCUUCUUCUUUGUACAGUACUGAGAAAUCAAUUUCUUCUGAUACAGAAAAGCCCACAUCAACUCCUGAGACACACUCUGUGAUCACAACUACCACUGAGGAGAGCACCAGAAGUCCAACCCCUGAUAAUAUGUUCACCAAGGAACCUGAAACACUAACAGCAGUUUCAGCUAGCAUCUUGCAUGAAGAGGGCUCUGGGGUGCAAACCCCUGAUAUGUACCCAAGUGUUGCACCCUCAGUACAGCCCGAUGAGGAGGUGGACCACAGCAUCAGCACAGACUCCACAUUAGUUGAAACCUUACCUUCUUUUGUGAGAACAACUGUUAAACCUACCAUCACUGCUUUUACCACAGACACAAGGUCAUUAUUCACUGAUGAAGACGGCUCAGGUGAUGUUUCCACCACUCCUGUGUCUUCCAUGUUCAGUACCGAGACACCAGAAGUGUUUGAAGAACCUACCAAGAGCACUGCGACGGAUGAAACAUCUGUUACAAAGGUUCUCACAGAAGAAACAAGUACAGCCACCACAGUGUCUUCAGUGAUUAGCACUGAGAAGCCAUUAUUGACAACAGCAUUCCCUGAAACGGAAACAACUGAAGCUUUACAAUCUCAUGCAACCAUAGCCUCUUCUCACCACAGUACUGAGAAACCAACAUCUGUGCCACCAACCGACAGCACAUCACAGCCUGGUGUUGAAUCAUCAACCCAACCCUCACCACAGUUCAUGACAGAGCAGUCUACAAAUGCUAUCCAAUCUUCUGUCUCCUCCAGCUUAUCUCCCACAAUUGAAUUUUUCUUUACUGAUGUAGAGAGGUCAGGAGAUGACAUAUCUUCAUCCAAAGAUGAAACUGCCCUGGAAACACCAACAGCAGCCGAGCAGCCCUCAGUGGAACAAACAUCCUUAACAACAACCACAUCAUUUAGACCAUUAAUCACACCCACAUUUGUUGAGGAAAAAAGUGACAGAGAGCAUACAACUGUCACAACAAGUCCCUAUACACUUGAAACAUCUCAACCCAUGGCAAUCCCCAGUGUCACUGUGUUUACCUCGAAGGAAACCUCUACUUACAUUGACAUGGAGAGCUCUGGUGAAGAGGAUGACUUGGAGUCAAGUCCAGACGGCUCUGGUUCAGAGCCAUCCACUGAGACUACCACAAAACCCCUGACUGAAUUUACUGUGGCUACAGAUGAGACUGAAAUAGAGACUGAGAGCACAUCCGGCAAGACAAGUUUUACAUCCUCAGAUCCCUCCAGCACACAGCCUGCCAAGCAAUUUAUGUCAUCAACCCAACCGCCACAUAUGACAAGCACUGAGAAUUACAUUACUGAGCCGGGCAGUGGAUUCCUCACAGAUGACUCUGGUGAUGAGGAUGAGGAUUCAGGUAGUUACUUUUUUAAUGGGUCAACUACAUUUGUACCAGUCACAAACCCUCCUACAAUGUCCGUGACAGUAGCAGCUACAAAACAAAUCGCUGUGUCUUCUAGUGCUGUUGCUGUCACAGAGGAGAGCUCAACUGACCAAACAACAGAUAAGUCCACUGCCAUUACACAAAAACCUACUGGCACCGCAGCAUCUUCUCUUUACAGCACUGAAAAACCAACUGCAAUGCUUCUAGAAAUCCACACUCCAACCGUUCCAGGGAGCACAGUUGAUAUGUUCUCUCAGACGUCUUCAGUGUCAUCUUCAGCUGUUUAUAAUACAGAGUCUCCUGAUAGCACAAAGAGUACAGCCUCCUCCCUGUUCAGCACAGAGAAACCUACAAUGACACCAGCAUCUCGUGAAAGUGGAACAUCUGAUAUUCCAAGAUCUGCUCUAACUGCAGCUUCCUCUCUCUACAGCACCGAUAAGCCAAAUAUCACAACAGUAUUUAAUAUCACACCUGCCCAGUCAGCUGACAUGUCUCUCUCCACAACUGAUACAUCAAAACAAAGUCCAGAUUUUACUUUGACAGAGCAAGAAAGUUCUGGUGACCUAACUACUGAGAUGUUCACAUCAAAGCCACCAGCGAUUGAGAGUAUCACGUUUGGAGAAGUGACCGGUGAAAUGGAAACCUUCGUUUCAGUCACAACAACCUCUGAUGAACAGGUUUCCUCACAGGAGGGUGAAUUUGCUCCCGAUACCCCCAUCACUUCUGAAGCCACUGUGAAAGAUGAAGUUGCUGUAUCUGAGCACAUAAUGCAGUCUUCUUAUACAACUAUGUCCCCUCAUACAACUGGAGCCUCAGUUGGUGAUCACACUACAGUUGACUUCACUACAGUAAGCUCCAGCAGUGAACAUGAGCAAGAUGAAUUAACAUCAAUGUCCACCCCAAUUCCCUCCAUCAUAUAUCAUAGUGUUACAGACCAACAGGUUGUGAUCAUUACACCCAGUAGCAGCCGACCCAAGACUGACCUAAGUGAACAAACACCUACCAUGGUCUUGCAUGUGUCUCAACCAUCAACCAGCACAAGCACCAUAUUCACAGAGGAUGCAACAGAUGAAGAUGAGCUAUUCUCUGCAGUUACAGAGAGUAUGAAGGAAGGUACUCCUGUGCAUAUCACAAAAGAUGAUACCAUCAUUGAUGCAGAUGUUACCUCCAUAGUUCCCUCCUCUUCAUUUUACCCAACCAUCAAGACAGAGGAAGCUGGAGGCAUCACAGCCGUUACAAUGACACAAAAGUUGGAGGUAACAGAAGAAGCAGAAGGUUCAGGGACCGACAGUGACACCUUUUUUACUCCUACACCAGUAACGUUACAAGCUACCUCAGCCACUGAUUUGACAUCAGCGUCAACAUCUUCUGAAUAUUCACAGUCCACUUCAAAACCAUCACCUAUGCAAGGAGUUUCUACUGAAGAGAUGGUCACAUCGUCACCACAUGCCACCCCAGCUACCACCGUGUCCACAAAAUCAAGCUCUGAUGAAACAUAUGAUUCAACCACACCACAUACAGUUUUCCCUAUCGAGAUUCACACCAAACCAGUUCCAGAGCUGGUGAAGGAUGAUUUAUCAGGUGAAGGCACCACUGAUAAAGUCGCUGAGUCUAUCACUGAGAUCUCCACAUCCUCGUCUUUGCCAUCUCAAGCCUUAACUGAAACAACAGACUCCAGCUCUGUCACUCCAGUAUCCAGUGAGGAAUAUAUGGGCACUACAGAUGAAAUAGAAAAACCCAUGACCCCAUCACCCACAGCCAUAAUGGCCACAAGUCCUGACACAGCUGAUGAGACCAAAGGUUCCACACAAGCCACUGUGCCUUCAGUCACUGUCACAUCACACACACUAGUGUCCACUGAACCUGGCACAGUGAAACAAACCAGUGAAAUAACUGAUGACGAAUAUUCAGGUGAGGAUUCUGAAGAAGGCUCUACAUUGUAUAAUUCAGAGGCAACUUCAGCGUUCUCUGUGGAUGGAUGGAGCGCAUCUGAAAAGCCAGUGAAAGCUACAGCCUCCUCACUGUUCAGCACUGAGAAACCAACUGUUGCCCCUGACACAGGAGAUACAAAUGAGGAGUUUUCAGGUGGCCCAAACCAAAGUAUGUCCACUGAGGUUGUAAUUACAACAGUUAAGGCCGAGAAAAUCUCACCAACCUCACCUAGAGGUACCAUAGGAGAGGUCGCAAAGUCACCAACAAGUGCUUCCUUGUCCAUCGAUAGCACAGUGAAACCGUCUGUCACUUCUGCGUCAGACAUUAAUGAUACUGACACCUCAAGUGGUCAAACAUCUGGUAUACUGACAGCUUCAACAGUGAAGGCCGAACCAACAACAAUUUCAGUUACAUCACCUGAAGCUGGCACUGGGGAGACUGAAAUAGCAGUAUCAGGUUCUGCUUCCAGUCUUUAUAGCACCGAGAAGCCAACUGUCACAUCCUCUCCUGAUGUUGGAUCAGAUGAUCACACUCAUGUGACAGAGCCCUUGACACACACAGCUGCUCCUCUUCAUAGUACAAUAAAAAUGGAACAAAUAGUAUCCACAACAACAUUAUCUCCUCCCUACAGCUCUGAUACAUAUUCAGUGGCAAGUAUCACAGAUGUUCCAGAUGUGGUGAGCUCUGAGGUUGAGAUUGCAGAUGCCACAACUGCAUCACCUAUGACAGUGACAUCUGAGAGUGAAAAGACUGUAGCCACUCCUGUGUUCAGCACAGAGAAACCAAUCACAGUGACCCAAGAGGAUAAAACUCAAAUGAAUGAGAUAACCACAGAGGCAAAGACAGCGUCAUCAUCAGAAACAGUUUCCCCCUCUACCAAUGGAGCAACAUCAACCCCAGCACGCGAAGAGAGCACAAGUGACCAAAUCAACUUUAUGUCCACAGAAGAAUCAGUUUCUACAUCCACAGUUUCUUCUCUACAAAGCACUUCAAAGCCUGACGUGAUGGUUCAGUUUGUCACCACUUUUGUCCCAGAACCAGAAACAACACAACCUGAGGUGUCCUUCCAACAGGCAAGGUCUGAGAUUGCAUUCACUCAUCAUCCCCACACUGACAUUUCCUCUGAGAAAACUGUGUUGGCCACAACUAGCCCAAUGUUGCCCAGUGAGGAAUCAGGCCAGCACUCUGAACCUAGUGAUGUGACUCCCCAGAUUGGAGUUACCACCACAUCGCUGAAAGAUAAGACGGAUGAAGCACCAAGCCGAGCACCUGUAGCCAAAGAAGUUUCAACUGACACUGAAGGCAGCUCAGAUAAAGACAGUAAAGUCCAGGAAACAUCGACCUAUGCUGUGAUGACCUCGCCUCCUACAGAUGAAAUAGAAGACUCUAAAGGGACCGAGUCGGCUGGGGUUGAAUCCAUAACUCAAAAACCAGCAACUGAGAAAUCUGCAAAACCUGAAGAAGAAACUGCAGCUGACAAGACAGCAACUUCUGCAGAGUCAAGCUCAGUGGAAACAUCAGAGAGUUCAAUUGAACAAACUCUAGAGGAAACAAAAGAGCGUCUGUCCCCAACUGGGUCUUCACUGUUCAGCACUGAGACUCCAUCUGUGGCUUCCAUAUCAGAUGUGACUGAUCAAGAGGGUUCUGGAGAGACAUCAACAGCAUCACUCAUAAUGGUGACAGGAGAGAGUGAACAGACUGCCACUCCUCCCUCCUCCACUGUGAAAUCAACUGCAGUGUCACUUGAGAUAGACACUUCAACAGAUAAAGAGGGCUCAAGUUAUGAGACAUCAGAGACUGAGGAGAUCUCUGUAUCAACAGAAACGAGUAUUAUCAUUUUACCAGAAGAAAGUUCUGGCAAAGGGACAUCUGAUAUCUCUGAUUCUGACUCUGUCACUGUAACUGUUUCAUCCCUGUCCAGUACGGUUAAGAUGGAUAGUAUCACCAGUACUUUAACACACACACAAACCGAUAAACCAGAAUCAUCUACAUAUGAACAAAGCUCAGGUCACACGUCACCUGAGAACUUCAUCACUGAAGCAUAUGGAACACAAUCCCCUGCCGUGGCCAGCACUUUCGAGUCAACAGAGACUUCUCUUGAGUCAGGGUCAACAGAUUCUGAAAAAGAGGAGACACAGGAUUCAGACCCAAUAAGUACGCAUCAACCCACUGGUGUUACACAUGCCGCAGAAACCUCUACAAGCUCAGACACUAAUGUAGUAUUCACCACACACUCAGCUGUUCUUUCAACAUCAGCAUCUUCACAGCUUGAUGUUUUGGUCCAGUUUGCCACAACAGUUUCUCCUUUACAGGCCCUAACAACUCCUGAAGAAUCAUUUGAACAAGUCAAGUCGGAGAUGACACUAACACACCGCCCUGACACAGAUCUUUCCUCUCAGGAUGUGUCACUGACCACAACUCACCCUAGUUUUGCAAGUCAUGCAAUAAGUCAGAUUACAGAAUCAACUACUGUGCCUGCUGCCGCUUCUUCAGUGACUGAAGGUGUAUCUGCUUCAGCUGAAGAUGGGCCGGUUGAACCCACUCUUGAACAGGUUUCGAGUGGUGCAAAGAUUGAAUCAUCCCCAGAUACAACUGUCCAAACAGCACCUCUUCCAGAUUAUGACUAUUUGCCCCCAGAUUAUGAAGGACCUGGCUACAUGGUUUACGCAGUUCCAGAACACAAUGAAACUACAGCACCAGAAAAAGUAGCUGUGUUCAUGACUGCACCUCCAGCUGUUUCUCAAACAUCUGAGAGUAAGCCUGUUGACUCAGUGAGCAGCACUGAAAGUAGCUCAAAAGAAAAGGCCACUCAGUCACCUGUAGAAGCAGUAGCUAUCACUGUCAUGCCUUCUGCACCAGCUCCCUUCAGUGCAUCUGGUUCUGAGAGUGGUUCAGAAAGCAUCAGCAGCUCAGAGGAAAGCAUGACCACAGAAAGCACUGUUAAGAUGGGUGGUGAUGAGCUUGAGAGUAUCACCUUCUCGACUAAGUCACCCUCCAACUUUAGCACUGGGCCUGAAAGUGAGUCUGUCAGCUCUGACAGUGGGUCUGGAGAGUUGAUGACUACAAAGAAACCAAAGAUCUACGGUUUGGAACAACAGUCUCUGUCCUUAGAUGAAAUCCAGACUAUAUUCAAGGUAGAUGCUACCACAGAUUCAAAGGUGGAGACUGCUAGUGUUGAUAGCACCUCUGGGAAAGAGGAAGAUGUGGAUAAAAUAAAGGGAGAUGUCUCACCUCACACUGAAAUGCCCACAAGGACCUAUACAGACUUCACAACAGUGUCACCAGCUCAGACGCAAAGCCAGUCAGUGUUAGUUGAAUCUGUAGCUACCACUCCGCCAUCUUUCUCUGGUGGGGAUGAGAAAGUGGACAGUGACUUGACUGCCCAGCCAGAUGCAGGACUCGAUUUGGGACACACCAUUGUUGGCGAGACUGUUGAAAUUUCAGGAGUUUACUCAUGUACAGAGGACAUUUGUCUGAAUGGAGGAUCUUGCUACAAAACUGGCAGCAUCCAUACCUGUAGCUGUGCUCCUGGUUACAGUGGUGAUCGCUGUGAGACAGAUAUUGAUGAGUGCCAGUCAAACCCUUGUCGUAAUGGAGGUACAUGUGUUGACGGGAUAGCUUCCUUCACAUGUGUUUGCCUCCCAAGCUAUUCUGGGCUGUAUUGUGAGGAGGAUACAGAGGUAUGUGACUAUGGCUGGCAUAAAUUUCAGAGCCACUGCUACAAGUUCUUCCCCCACAGAAGAAACUGGGACACAGCAGAGAGAGAGUGCCGCAUGCAGGGGGCUCAUCUCACCAGCAUCCUCUCCCACGAGGAGCAACAGUUUGUCAAUCGUCUUGGACAGGACUACCAGUGGAUCGGCCUGAAUGAUAAGAUGUUUGACAGCGACUUCCGCUGGACUGACGGCAGCCCUAUGCAAUAUGAAAACUGGAGGCCCAACCAGCCUGACAGCUUCUUCUCUUCUGGCGAGGAUUGUGUAGUGAUGAUCUGGCAUGAGGACGGCCAGUGGAACGACGUUCCUUGCAACUAUCACCUCACUUUCACCUGCAAGAAGGGCACAGUGUCCUGUAGCCAGCCCCCUCUGGUGGAGAAUGCACGAACAUUUGGUAAGAAACGUGAGAGGUAUGAGAUCAACUCGCUGGUGAGGUACCAGUGCCAGACAGGCUUUAUUCAGAGGCACGUCCCAACUAUCCGUUGUCGUGGGAAUGGACGAUGGGAUAUCCCUAAAAUCACCUGCAUGAACCCAUCAAGCUAUCAGAGGACCUUUAUCAGAAGACAUCAACACAACAGUCUCUACAGCAUCAACAACUUCCAAAGAUGGCCAGAUGAGGCCAUCCGCUUUCACCAUCAGCGCUUCCGGGGAAGGAGAGACAGGACUGAACAUAGGAAGAAGAGACAGUGAUUGCCGUGUAAUAUGGCACAUCUUACCCGAGACAAGAACACAUGGCUGAUGCUUGUGUAGAAAGAGGAAAAGAAUUCUCACAGGAAAAGCACAAGAGAAAACUCAUCAAAGAAACCAAGAGGACAAUCUGCAGUUUUCUUGCAUUUUGGAUGACGAUGGAAUCUCAUGCAGUGCCUUUUUAAAGAGAUGUUGACACAUGACUUUUCUUAUCAAGGGGCACUGUUUUAUAUCAAUGCCAAUGUGGAUAAAAUACUUUCAGCUGGCUACUGGAAAAAGCAAAAAAAUAUUCUCAUCAUUCUGUUUUAAACUGCGGACUUUUUGUCUUUGUCCUUAGCUUAUCAAACAAUACAACCAUGUGCUAUUUAAAAUCACCAUAAGUGUAUGCAUAGAAAAAAAGCUUUUGUGAGAUUAUAGCGCUUAUGUUAUGUAAAGGAAUCAAUUAUGUCGUCGUGCUGUUUUAAGCUGGACUUCAUUUUAAUGAACAUGCAUACAUAUGCAUAUAUAUUUAAGGCCUCAAUCUUUAACUAUGUUUAUUCUUUAUCAAGAGGUUUGGCUUCUCAGAACACAAAUGGAAGCAUCAGUGGCAGUGAUUGAUAAUGCAAAGGACUCAUACAUUGGUAGAGUAUUAUUUCACAUGCAUAGAACUAUAAACUUUUAUAAAGACUCUAUCCUCAGUCUUCAAAUCUAAUCAGCAGAGGUACAAAUCAUAUUCUGAAACAUAGUGUCAUAGUUUUGCGAGUGGUAGUUAUUCAGAUUCCAGAUUAAUAAUACACCCAACUCUGGGGAAAUUGCACCAAAUUGCUCAGUUAACUGCUGGAGACCUUCUCUGUGGCGGCAGCUUUCAAAGCACCAAAUUACCACCUUUCAGUAUCUCCAGCCUUCACUGGAUGUCAUUGAUGUCUUGUCAAGAUAAAUGUCUAUUGAUAGAUUUCUAUAGAGAGAUUUUUUUUUUAAACUUAGUGAUAUUUCUUUUGAUUCUUUGCGAUUUAUUAUGAGAGAUCAAUUUCUAAGUACCUAUUGACAAAGCCUUUAUUCACUGAUGGAAAUCAAUGUCCAUCAUCUGCUUUAAAAUGAAAGAAGGGAAUUGUGGCUCAAGUAACUUGUAUUUUCUGCUCAUGUGUGUUCAGUGCAUAACUUACAAUUAGUUGCUACAGCAUGUUUACAAUAAUUUUAAUGCUGUUCAUAAUCAUACACCAAAGAGUCUGGCUCUCAUCUGUUGCUGAUGUCUAGCUUACAAUUGGUCUUUUUCUUUUCUUCUGCACACUUUAACUUUUCUGUCAUUGUGGUCAAUUGAAAUCAGCAGCUGAGAGAAUGUAUUUUGUGAGACACUCAAAAAGACUUGAACGUAAUGGCUUUUUAGGCAGAAACACAUUGAAUUUAUUUUCGAGCUGCUCUUGAUCUCCUUAGUGACAGGUAAAAUGCGAUGCUGUCACGUAGCCCAGCAGUGCUCUUCAUAUAUUUUUAUUGUACAUUCAACAGGAGACCAGCCACAAUCACAGACUGUCUAAAUGGGAUGCACUGAGGAUGAAACAUUUCCAAACAAUAUGAUGGAUUUAUACGUCUUUUUACAUCUUCAAUGCCAACAGUGGACCAAAGAAUAAGGAGGGCCCCAUCGGCUGCAAUAAUGUUGUUCUGUAAUAUUAACAAAAUAUUUGUACAUGUGGAUGGUUAUGUGUUUCUCCAGCCAUUUUUUUUUUAAAUGGAGAAAUGUUUUGUUUUGUCUGCCUGUGAAUGUCUGUGUGUGUGUGUUUCAGCCUUAAUGUGCACAUAAUAUCAUUUUAUAUUUAUAACAGUUUGUUUUUUUCAUUUUACAAUGUGAAUGUCUGGGAUGUUUGUGAAUUUUUUUUUAUUUUCAUUUUUUAAGAAAACCAAACUGUUUUUUUCUGCUUUACAUCACCAAAGAAAUAAAAUAAAUAUAUGGAUAUUAUA